CGUUUAGUUUUGAUUUGCCGAUUAAGCACCAUUUGUGUUAGACGAUUAGCCUGUAAGAUGAAAUUGUAAUUACACGAGAAAUACAAUACAUAAGCUGUACCGCGCGCAAACAGUUAGUCACCCCUGCCAGAGAGCUAAAUUAAUUCCGUUCGUCGAUCGCCCUCGAUCGGGUCAAUGCGGCAAGCCUCGCCCGAACCUCACCUCACACACAAGUCAAUACGAACACGCGAUCCACACGAGUGAAAGUGUCUGCAACCGACAACGAAAUCUUGCCCGCCUUCGAGCCAACCCACACCAAAACACCGCAUGCGUUGAUGGCACGAGACAAGCGAGAGAAGGAAAGAGAAACAUUGCAGCUACAGCAUAUCACAAUACGGAUGACGACGCAUACAUCGGCACAAGCUGUCGGUGGGAGAGCACCGGAGCCGAAAAGUGAAAACCAAUUUCAGUUCGCCUCAGCACGGUCCGGCGUCAAGAUCGCAAAGAUCCCGUCGCGCACAUUCAUCGCCGCAAGUUCAAUUGCAAGCAAGCAAACCGUGAAAUUCAGUUUCCAUCUCCCAGGAGGGACGAGUGCGAAUAAGCAAAAUCGAUUGUGACUAAAUGUGCGAUUGGUGCCGGACACGGCUGCGAACAAUUGGGAGGAAGAGAUCCGAGUCGGAUUAGACGCCACGUGUCUGCUCUUCUGGUGGACAUCGGACCGAAAUAAUCCGAUACAAGUUGGAGUACGGAAAGCAUCGAGCAGGAACUCGGGUUUGUUCGAGAUAAAUCCGCCUAGCAGCUGGCGUUGGACCUCAAGAAGGCCGGAAUAGCAACUUGGCGGACACGAGGGUGACGCAGAAAGCGGUCGGAUCGAAGCUUGGGCAGCAAAAUACCAUCGAAAGGCCCCUGCAAGGGUGAGUUGAAAUGAAUCUUCUAAAAGCGCAUCCGACUGAAUGCAUUUCUGCAUUUCCCAGGGCCUUUUUUUGGCAGAUCUACGCAGUUUUUAACGAGUCGGCAACCGGGUCGAUACCUUCAUCGCCAUCUUUGCUGCGUCGCUUGCGGCUCGCGUCGCCCACCGUUUUUGGCAUCUCCUACCGCCGUACCGUGGGUUGGUGCGACUUUGGAACGAAGUGUUCGUGCCCUGUCGGCAGAAAAGAGAGAAGUUGGAGUUGGAGCUCUGCAUCAGGGAGGCCGGCGAGACCAGACCGGUGGUAAUCCGUGUGGCAUCGGCCAAGGUCGCGGUGGAGGUGGCAGCCACGGCGACGGUACCGACGGUGCGCGUAGGUGUUGGGCAACAGCUUCCAUGCAGUGGUUCCCCAGACCGGGAGUGAUUAACAACAAUGCGCUGGCAGGAAGAGGUGCCAAUCCGGCGCGUGAAUCUGGCAAUGGCGCCGGGAAGCGGGGCCGUGAGUACUAUCCUAGGUUAAGCCAAUCAUUGUAAGGGGGACAAAACAUAGAUUAAGCUACAAGCAGCUAGAGAUAGGGAGCAGGCGGUCAUGAUGGCUAUCAAUGUAUGUAAUUAAAACUACUUUUGGUUUUGUGAGUUUUUGUUGGUGCACAUAGCCCCUCAGUGUUUGCGCAAUUUGGUUAUUCGCUUCGGUGGUUCCGCUCUACCCUAACCGGACACUUGCAACACUGGCGCCCAACUGAAAAUCCACAUAAGAUAACUACCGUUUAGCGAAUUUUUGGUUUUGUGAAGUUUUUGGUUUUUGUGCUUUUGAUUAUCCGGCAUUGAUAAUCAUCAAAUUUUAGCCCUUACGCAUAAGAUUCGAUACACAAUAUGGAUUACACACACUUAACAGACGAAGAGGUGACGUAUGAGUUGGCUCUGCGUCACGUGGUAAAUUUAGGGCCUACCACCCACAGAGGGAAGGUCCUCCGUCUGAAGGCACUCAUGCAAGAGGAAGCCUUAAGAGAUAACCAGCCCACUAGCUCAGCCCAUGUAAUGAGUCCACAGUCCAACAUUGAACACUGUGAAACUCAAAUACAACAGCUGCACAUUAGCACUGAAGCGGCCAUUCGAACAGCCGAUAGGGCUGCAAUCAGUCAAAGCCGAACGCGUCUCACCCACUAUCGCGACAGAUUACGGUUGAUCCACCCCCCGGUCGAACUGAGAGAUCUGCAUGGGAUGUUAACCAUGCACGUGACUGUUUUACUCAACAAAGUGAAUGGUACUAGUGUAGUGAGUUGUGUGCAACGAGGUGACAAUGAGGUGAACCACACAAGUUCAACGGGUGCCAUAAGAAGAAGCAACAACGAAGAGGAAGGAGCAGUCGGUGGAACGGCGGAUGCCACGAUUCCAGUGGGCAACCAUUCAAAUCAGGAAUCCACACCACCGCCAGCCUCACAGCCGCCUUCGAUGACGUCAUUUUCCGGCGGACAAGGACGAGGAUUGCUAUUUUCUAGCUCAUUCCGAGCGCGAGACAACGAAGACGCAGGGGAAACACAGCCUAGACAACGGAACACCUCACCACCGCCUCCCUACCUUCCACGGGAGCGAGAAACAUGGAACCGGACAGCUCGAGAAACACAAUCACGAGAAGUUCACGAGCUGCAAUCGAGAAUAGUGGAGAUGCAGGAAAGAGAGCAGCGGAUGCACGAAGAAUACUGCCGAAUGCGGGACGACCUGGAGCGGCUAAUCCGGCGAGAUCGACCAGCAACGGAACGAGCGGACGAUCGCCGAAUACAGAAGGCGGUGCACAACUGGCCUUUCAAAUUUCGCGGCGAGAAGGACACGACAUCACUCAACGUGUUCCUAGAUCGCGUGGAGACAUUCGCGAGGUCGGAAGGCAUGAGCGAUGCCACACUUCUGAGUUCGAUCAAGCAUCUACUCCAGGAGGACGCAAUCGACUGGUACUCGCGAGCAACAUCGCAAAACCUGUUGCGGACCUGGGACCAGUUCAAGCGGGAAAUCAGAAGGGAAUUCCUGCCCAGCGGAUACUCCCAAAUUCUGCGUCUGGAAGCCAGCUUUCGAUUUCAAGGAAGGGAGGAAUCCUUUGCGAAGUUCUACCGAGAUAUCUCAGCGCUUUUCCGCUUCGUCGAUCCGCCAAUUCCAGACGACGAAAAGUUCUUCCUGGUGAAGAAGAACAUGAACGAGAACUACGCAGCCAUCGUCACAGCAGCGAGGCCUCGUUCACUGGAAGAAAUGGUGGAUGUCUGCACAGGAUACGACGAGACGAGAAUGCUUCUGAACAGGCAGCGCAGGAUUCCCAUUCCGCACAGCGCGCUUCUUGAACCGAACUUCGCCACGCCGGUAACAACCAGCAGGCCACCACCGAUACAGCAUCACCAACAGCCACAGCGGUUCAACAGAGUUCACGCCGUGGAGGUAGAAGAAGGCGCAUUCGAGCACGAAGCUGCGGAGGAAGGACCAGAAGACAAUUGGCAGCACAACAUCGACGAACUGGUGGAGCAAGUCAACGCGUUGAAGUUGAACUUGGAGCGGAGACCUUCGAGGCCAAGCUUUGCCGCGCGCGACGAAAGGCAGCCAAGGCCAACGGAUAGAUACAACCGGACAGAGGCGGACGUCCUGCGAGCAGCGCGGCAGUACACAAGAGAGGCGCAAACGCCGGCACAGCAGCAGCGGCCGCAAACCGCAUCGUACCAGACUCGGCUAUCACAACAACAGCAAGAACAGCCGCAAAGAGCACAGGGCUGGCAUGCACGACAGUGGAUGCCAAGCUCGGAUCAGAGCGACAAUAACCGAGGAAGCCAACGUAUGCUGCCAGAACCAGCCAGGCAACGGGAAGAUCGCCAAAUACAACAGGAAGAAGCUCCGAACGGCCAACGAAUAGCAAUGCUUUGCUGGAACUGCGACGAGGAGGGUCACAGAUUCAUGGACUGUCCGAAGCCGCAAGCCAUCCUAUUCUGCUACCGUUGUGGAAGGAAAGGCUACUCGCUGCGCAGUUGCUUCACGUGCCGCAUGGACGCGGUAAACUACCAAGCGGAGAACCAGCAGUAGAGGGGGGCAGCUCUCCGCAAAAUCUCGGAGACCCCUCCGAUAUCCCGGAAUUUCAAAACCUCAACUCAAUCAUUAUCAACCCCGGAAGUGACAAUCGACCGCACGCCGUCAUAUCAGUGCUGGGAAAGGAGUUGACAG